AUGGAUUUCCACCGCGUUCGUGUAUACAUGUACCAGCUGCUCCGUGGGCUGGACAGCUUGUACAGACACGGGGUGGUACAUCGGGACAUCAAGCCUGCAAACUUGCUUGUGGACCCGCGGAUGUAUACCUUGAAGGUCUGCGACUUUGGCACGGCGAAGUGGGUCAAUACAUCCGAGGUGUCACAAGCCUAUGUUUGCUCACGUUUCUACCGUGCCCCAGAGCUCAUUCUGAGCGCGCGCGAACAUACCUCGAGCGUGGAUAUGUGGGCUGCUGGUUGCGUGCUUGGGGAAAUGCUGCUACGCCAGCCGCUUUUUGCCGGGAAGGAUGGGGUUGACCAGCUUUACAAGAUCAUUGAGAUCAUGGGGACCCCAACCGCACAGCAGCUCUAUGCGAUGAAUCCCUACUACGAUGCCGGAGCCGUCUUCACGCAAGUCCCGCCCUUGAAGUGGAGCAAAGUCCUGCGGGAUCGAUGGAGUGCGGAGGCUGAGGAGCUUCUGGCUCUCAUGCUUCAGUUUGACCCCAAAAAGCGGCCGCGCCCGAUGGAAGCUAUGGCUGCACACUUCUUCGGCGAGCUGCGCCGGCGGCCGAAGAGUGUGGCUGCAGACUUCUUCAAUUUCACGGACCAGGAAAGGGCCAGCUGCCCUCCAGAGAUCUUCAAGAACCUCAUGCCACAGAGGUAA